UUCUCAAUGCCUUCAGUGUAUCCAUGUGCGCAUGCGCAGUUGAACGGUGAUGCUGUGUGUGGAAAAAACAUGGCGAAGGAAAUGCAGACCAACAGUUUUCCUAUCUUACCUUCAGGACCGGCGGAGGUAGAUAAAAUGAUCCAGGAUCGAAGUGACCUAUUUUCUGACUCGCAGUGCAAAGUCUGCAACGCUGUCCUGAUUUCUCAGUCUCAGAAGUUGACUCAUUAUCAGAGCAAGAAACAUGCCAACAAAGUGCGCCGUUUCCUGUCCCUUGAUAAUGAGAACGGCAAUGCUGUCAAGAAGCCCAAAACGUCUAACAAUGAUUGUAACAACGGAGACACAGACAGGACGAAGGCGUGUCACCUGUGUAACAUGACCUUCACCUCUCCUGUUAUGGCCGAGUCACAUUAUCAGGGCAAAUUUCAUGCGAAGAGGCUGAAAAUGAAAGCCGUUGAAUCACAGACUCCAGACGCCUCUCAGACAGGACAGCCGGCAGAGAAACCCGCUGACAAUUCAGCUGCUGUCCCUGAAUCUGACAUCAACAACCCAGAUCGCUUCUGCUCCACCUGCAAGGCCUCCUUCAACAACCCGCUCAUGGCCCAGCAGCACUACGCGGGCAAGAAGCAUAAAAAACACAUGACCAGGCUAAAGCUGAUAGAGACAUACGGACCCUCCACUGCACCAGCUUCAACGCUAAAUGGUUAUCCGUGCACCAUCUGCAACAUAGUGCUCAACUCUGUCGAACAAUAUCAGUCUCAUAUCAGCGGGGCCCGACACAAGACCCAAAUGAAGAAAACUGGUCAGAAGCCUGGAGAGGACCAACCCUCAGCUAUGGAAUCACAAGGCGGCAGUAACCAGUAUGCUGAGGUUGAUGACCAAUGCACUCGUGGGGAUGAUGAAUACCCACCUGGAGACGAUCAUUAUGAACCUCCAGGGGAGCAGUAUGCGGCUGAGGAAGACGGUUAUGAUGGAGGGGAUCGCCAGUUUGGCAAUCAUCAGUACACUCCAGAGUUCUCUGCUUUUUCGGAGCAGUUCCAGUAUACCUGAGGCUGGACUGGGAUUGAACUGGAGACAGAUUCUGUCCACACAGCCCCCCUUUAACUCAUUAACAGAGCAUCAGCCCUCCCGCUCCUCACUCUCUCUCUCUCAUAAAACUCCUGUUUGACUCUCAGUAGUGUUUGCAGUUGUGUAAACCUCAGUUUGGAUUGUGACGCACCCCAUCGUACGAUCUGUACCUCGUUUUAUCUUUCGUUUUGCAUUUAAUGAAAUAAAAGUCUUGAGUCUUUAAAAUAUUGACAUUAAGCCUUGCAGCGUGUGAAGAGAGGAUUCAGCUGUGAUCCAGAUGCACGUGUCCAGCUUUGCUGCUGUUACGCAUCCACACUAUGAAAAGACUUAAGGUAGUUUAAACAGUUUUAUUUAUUUUUGUUUUAGGAACAUGUUAAAGAUGUCAAUGUGGUUCACAUGGUCUUCACACAACAACCAGACAAGACGAGAACAGAUGGCAAAGCAUGGGAGAGCUUAGCAACACUUAGCUGGUAGUGAGUGAAACAUGUGACUGGGAUAUUCCUCAAACAUCAUUAUAAGAAAAGAGGAGAAAGCAGCACCUGAUUUAAACGGGUUCCUCAGAUUUUAACAAGUGGGUGUUUAUUGCUUGGAAUUGAGCAGUCAAUAUCUUACCAUCAGUAGAUAUUCAGGCUGAUGACCAGCGAAAAACAAAACAGAGUUUUUCCUUUUUUGAGGGUUAUUUUAAACCCUGACUCUCAUUGUAAAGGAUGUUGAAACAACUAUAAACUAGGUGGGAAGUUUACCUGUUUGUAAAGAUUUACCUAUGAAGCACAGAUGUUUUUAACAUUAGUGUUUGUUAUGAGAAGUGAGCAGUUUUCCAGACACAAUUGUUCUUUCCAUAUUUUUUAAUGUCUGUUAUGGAUACACAGAGUGUAAAGGCCCUGGAAUAGAUCCUACCAAACGAUACCUUAUGGUUGAAUGGAAAUCCCUCUUAACUAGCGCCUAGCUGUUCAGCUCUUCUGUUUCAUCAGUGCUGGGAAACUGAUAUACUACAAAUAUUGACUACUGAUAGCCUCCCAGCAUUACUGUGCUUUAAAUGAUCUGAGCUAUACUUUUUAAAGAAUGGACUACUCUACAUAAGUUUCAGAACCUCGUUAUGCAGCUAAAUGUAAAUUAAGCUUGAAAUCCCAGAUGUGAAAAUGCCGAAUCAAACUCUGCCGGAUCCGAGACACGCUAAGAGUAAGCUCUGAAUUAUGACCUCAGAUACACCAGCAAACAGGCUCAGUUACCACGGUCCUGCUCCACACGUCUUUUUGCAGCUUGACUGCUUACCUCACAGCCUAAAUGCUAACCAGUUACUUAUUAAGGGUCCGUAAAAUUGGUACCAUUGUGAAUCGUUAUUUGAAAAACUUAAUUAAAGCAAGAAAAAAAGGUAUUUGAACACCCUGCUAUUUUGCAAGUUCUCCCACUUCUGUCAUCGUAGGUGCAAGUCCACUGUGAGAAACAUAAUCAAAAAAGAUUUCCAGAAAUCACAAUGUAUUUUUUUGUUACUAUUUGUUAGAAUAUAUCCAACCAGCUUUAAAACUACACAUCAGUCCUCCUGUAGUUGUCUAUUUAUACUGAAUGUAUUGAAAAUACUCCCCAGUCCUGCUCUGCCUCCUGAGAUAUUGCUCAAAGAACUGCAGCUGAAUUUCUUCUACUUUAACCGUUUACAUUAGAUCUAGUUUACUUCAGUUUUUUAUUUAAAACAUGUUGGUCCAGUAAUUCAUCAGGUAAUACAGGCUCGCUUAGCUAGAUUUGAUUUAAUUUUUGUGCCCUGGUUUCAACCUGGUGCUUCUGUUUGCUGUUCUUAAUAGUUAAAGGUCGUACUGUAAAAUGUCCUAAUAAACAUUUUUCCCAAUUAAGCCUCUUUAAGAAACAUUAAAACCUAAGCUGUUCAUUGAUUAGAUUGUGUAAUCCCUUUUUUUUAAGAAGAUUUUUUUUGUGUGUGACAGAAGUUAUCUGUAUUUGAUGAGACUGGCUCAUUAAAAGCUUGUUGCAUGAAAACUGAGUUUUUCUCAUCCUAAUUUUGAAGGAUUUAUUACUUUCUCCCCGAGACGCUUACCAGGGUCCUAACUGCUGAGGAUUUACACUAUUGCCACCAUAAGAAAUGAUGUCAAAGUGAACGGUGAUGUCAAAACUGAACUUUUUGUCAGGUUUUUUUAAGACGGUCUACGAAAUAUUUUAGAAUUGAGUGGUUUUUGUCUAAUUUUUUUUUAUUAGUGGUUUCAGAGGGCUCAUGCGUAUUGUUCAGACCAUGUAUGAAAGAUAAACGGCAUUUCUGUUUUCAUCCUAUGUUUUUUGUGAUUUAGAGAUACUGUACGUAUGUUAUGUAUUAAAAGAUUGUACAAAGGCCGUGCAUAAAGAAAUGUUUUAC